AUGGAGAAUAUUUCCAUGAUCGGCACUCAAUUUAUCCUAGUGGGCCUUGCCGAGUUGGCGGACGUUAAGUACCUUUCAUUCCUAGUCCUUGCCAUCUACAUUGUCGUCAUGGCGUUGUGUUCGCUGAUUGUGUUCGUCACCUGGACUGAGGAAACCCUCCAUGAGCCCAUGUACAUUUUCAUCGCCAACCUCAUGCUGGCGGACAUGUAUGGAAGCACGGCCAUAAUGCCCAAGCUGAUCAUUGACUUGAUGACGGGGUGUGUCACCAUUUCGUUUACAGGAUGCUUGGCCCAGGGCUUCUUUCUCCAGACCUUUCCAGGCGCCGAAAUUUUUACCUUCACUGCCAUGGCGUACGAUCGUUACUUGGCCGUCGGCCACCCGUUGAGGUACCCCAUGUUGAUGAACAACAAGAGGGCUUUCAACAUUCUGGUGGGGAUAUGGAUCUAUGUGUAUGUAGGGAUAUGUGCGAUUGUGGUCAUAGCGUCAAGGCAAACUCUGUGUGGUGUGCGCAUCAACAGCGUGUUUUGUGAAACCAUUUCCCUUACACACUUGUCCUGUGGGAACAACACACUCGGCAUAGUCUUUGGCUUUACAUGGACCAUGCUCAUGAUAGUUGGUUGUGUGUGUGUUGUAGUUUACUGCUAUAUAAGGACAUUUCUUGUCUGUCUUAAAAUAUCUCAGGAAGCGUGCGAGAAGGCCAUCCACACCUUGGUGACGCACAUCAUCGCCUUCUUCACGUUUUUGGCUUCGAGUUUAUUUACCGUUUUCAGAUACAGGAUCAAAGGUGAGUCCCUUACUUUCCUCUCCCACCUAAUAACGUCCAUCGCGGGACUCGCGUCUUUCACCCUGAACCCCGUCAUCUACGGCAUCAGGACAGAAGCUCUCAGGACUAAAAUGAGUCAGAGGUUGAAGAGCAUGAAGUCUUUUAUCUGGACCUGGACAAGGAAACAGACAGACCAAUAUCUCCAAAGACAUAAGUGCGGGAGGUGA